AUGGAUCCUGUAGUCGAAGCAAGCGCGUUUAUUGCCCAUCGAUGGCACAAACCGACAGAGUCGAGGACGUCCACCGCCACAGCGUCGCUGCAAGGCGCCACCCACGUGUUAGAUUUCCACAAUUCCAAGAGAGACAAGCACAUGAAUCCCUACGACACUCGCGCGCUUCGAUCGCAUCCCAAGCCACCACAACGGUGCACAUCAUCCCCAAACGACGGUGACACGCUGUUUGCGUACCAGCCACUGUUUUGUGACGAAUUCAUGGAUGCCCAAGGAGUCUUGUUUUCAAUGUCCAAGACACCACGCGAGCGCUCACCCGUCGCAGCAGUCCCCAAGGCAUCGCGAAAGCGACCGCAGUCCGCCACAGUCAAGCGCGUAACGAGCCCACCCGUCGCCAUGAAAAAUGUCAUAAGUACUGCCCGGUUGCUGGAUGAACCGACCGACGACCCCGUUGCGACAAUGAUCUAUCGAAGCCCUGGCUUCAAGCAAAGGUCGUUGCAAGCACUCGAAGCAGAAACAUAUAGGCUGCUGGACCACACAAGAUCAGUUGUCGCAUGGGAGUCGGUCCGGGCGCCUUGCGGUCCUGCACUGUCGGUUGUGCGAAUGCGGAACGAUGGCAAUGACCGCGGAAUUUCGACCACGGGUCGCCAUCGGCCUUCGCUGCAGGAAGUCGACCGAGCAUGCCACUGCAUCUACAAGUUUGUGUGUCGGCAAUACCUACGCCGCAAACGCGAUCGGUUCGUGCGGGCGUUGCAAGCGAGCCACCCUGACGUCCGCGAAUUCUCGGACGGCGUCAUCGUUGCAUGCAGAAUGUUCUCUUGCACGAAACAAGCAAAACGUUCAUCUCAUAGAGCCCACAUGGCCGUCGAGUCGUCCUUGGAAGCUUGGCCCUCGAACCAAGCUUCAAAGCACUCAAACAAGCCAGCCAAGAAAGGCUGCGCCAGCGGUUGUUCGUCGUCGAAAUCCAACCCCCCCGAGACCAUGCACGGGAAAGACGACCAGAUCGACGCUGGGUCCAGCAAUAGAAUCCCUCCAAAGCGUCGAAAAGGGACCGAAACGACGUCGGCGCGCUGUACCCUGGCGAGAAGCGACCCACUCAGGAAGCUUCGAUGCCAUGUCGUCCGAGUCAAGGCUGCUAGGCGUGCAGAUGCCACAUCGACAAGUCAAUCCAGUCUGCACAGAACCUCCGUUCACCCGCAACAAACCCCCCACAAGCUCCAAUUUCCCAAAAUCCCAUUUUUCCCCACUUUCACCCACCUCUAA